GUAACAGCUACCACAUCUGUUAGGUGCGGAAGAGGAAAGAACAAAAAUAAGAAGUUGAAGGAACUGAUGAAGAAUGGUCCCAUUGAUAUCGAGUUCUGGGGUAGGGAGCGAUAAUGCUCGUUUUUUUCUCGAGGUUGAUUGGUGAGGUCCUCAGCGAUCAUUUGGACUUGCAUCAUGACUCUUGGAUUGAGGUCCUAAGUGAGAUGGUGCAAAUAUUAAAAAACCAUGUGAAGAGUUACUUCAGGUUGGAUGAUAAUAAUAGUGCACACGUGGAAGGUUUAGAUUUUGGUCUAAGUAGAGGCUAUUCAAAGACUCGCUCCAGCCUGCACUUGAAUAUAUACAAGCCUCAUUUCAAAGACAUUAAUGUUGAAGAUCCGGCUGCGGUGGCCGAUGCAAGCGCCAAGGCGAGGGCCACUAUUCCUACUCAUCUUUGUCGGGAACAAUGGUCUUUGAUCUGACUCAUUUGAAACGAACGAAU